AUGAUGACAUCUAAAAAUGGUCGAGCUUCAUUUUCUGCAUCACCUAGUGCUCUUCUUGCCGUUCCUUAUGCACACACAAAUGGUGAAACUCGAAAUUUUGAUUUAACUACGUCAUCUCAGGAUACUACAAUAUAUACGGCUGCUGAUCCAUCUUAUAUAUUAAGUCAAUUAAAAAGUUCUGAAUGGCUUCAACGCUAUGGUUUGAAAGCGCAAAAAUUAACAUUUGAUCAAAUUCUGCAACAAAUUGGAUUUAAACGUGGUACCGUAAUAAAAUCAAAUGAUUCAAAUAAUUAUAUUAUUGAACGUAUUGAUUUACCUGGUAUUCAAAGCAAUAUAUCUCGUAAUGAUAUAUUUCUUGAUUCAAAUUUAUGUCUUUUAGAAUGUAUGGAAGCAAAAUCAUUUGCUUUCAUUAAAUAUCCAAACGAUUCUCGUCAAUGUUAUUGUCCAUCAGUAAUUCUUCAUCAUCUUGAGCAUGAUUCGAACACAAAAGUUCGUUUUUAUGAUUGUUAUAUAGAAGAUCUAGCAAAUAAUCAAUUUGUUAUACCAAUAAAUAAACAACAAUUUGAACAUUAUUCUAUAUUACGUAUUGAAAAAGAAAAAUCACUUAUUAAUCAAGUUAUUGUUGGUUUAAAUGAUGAAGAAAAAAAAUUCAUGUUAGGUACAAUUAAAGAUCGUGUUGGAACUGGUCAUCGAUAUUCAAUAGAAUGGUGUGAUACAAAUGAAUCUAAACAAAAUGAUGAGCAUUUAUUUGGUGCAUUUACUCUACGUAAUAAACAUAGAAUUAAUGACUAUGUUUUAGCUAUUGAUGAUGAUGAUACUAUUUAUAAAUUAGCCAAAGUUCAAUCUAUAUCAAAUGAUGGAAAAAAUUUAAAAGUUCAAUUUAUUAAUUUAAAUACAAACAACGAUAAUUCAUUACCAAAAGAAGCUAGUGUUCCAUCGAUGACUACAUUUGUAAUUACUAUAGAAUAUUUUAACAAAAUUAUCCAUCUUCUUCGAACAUGA